UCCACAAUACGAAAACAUCAUGAAGUUUGCACACUGCUUCCCUAUCGGGACAGUCGUCUUUUCAACACAGUUGCAUUGAAAGAACGAGUCGCUCUCCACCUGAAAUGCGACGAAGCGAUCGCUACACACCGUGUGUAUGAAAGAGUAAAUACUGCAGACCGACCUGGCAGAUUUUUCAUGGCUGCGCUGGUUGCUGAUGUAACUCGUGUCGAUAAACUGACUGAAAAGUUUGGCAGACAGCGGAUCGAAGAGGGUUUCGUUUACGGAGCUGAAAAAACUGGUUCGCAGCUUGCUGCAAACAACAACGCUGGAGAUGCAGCGUUCACAGAACAGCAUAGAGCUUGGUUUAUCUGCGAAAGGCCGCCCGUAAGAGGCAAACCUGAAAGACGCACUGGCCAAGCGAAUAAGCCGCGCGGCGCGAGCCGCAAUUUACCGCGUCUAACUCACAGGAAAUCGCCUCCGCUUGUCAGUGAGGUACGCAUCAUUCAAGUUCGAAACAACAAACGGGGUAUAAGUCAAAAUCAGGACCCAUCGGAAAGGGAAGAUGAAAGCAAACUUUGUAAAGAUAGGUUUUACAUUUCUCUUAGAGAUAACGACGAAGGAUUUGACUUAUCUAGCUCAAGUGACGAUGAACUGCGAGAGCUCUAUUCAUGCAAAACCGAAUUUUGGGAAGCGAAUCCUGAUGGUAACUUAGACGCUGCGGAAGAACAUUCCAUUCGGCUACCAGACUUGGUCAAAGAUCAAAGUGACAAGGAUGCCAGGAGGAAAAGGAACAAAAUUUAUCGAGGUAGUUUGAAAAAGAAACUUAAAGUCUCAAGACCUAGUCUUGAUCUAGAGAAGAUGCUCGCAAGGAGAAUGGAAGAUAUGAGAUCUGAUAAGGGACCGGAAAACAUAUUCCAUCCAAUUCAUCAGAUGUAGAGCCGGGAACUGUUUCGCGAAACAAUAACAGGCCAAUUGUAAUUCACUGGUGAAUUUAUACGAUGUAUACGGUUAUCGACAAAGAUCCUUCUUUUUCCUAAGCCGAGCACCGAUAGGUUUUAAAUAAAGUUUACUAGGAAGACUCGAUUGACUUGAAAAAAAAUUGCCAGAAUUUGGCCUAGCUCAAAAGAAAGCAAAUGUGAAAUAUGGAGGCACUUUUGUGAAGGUACAAGCUCAAAGUAGAAGUACGUGUCAGGUUUGUGUACAGUACCUAAUGCAUAUGCUUCUUAAGAGUGGAACAGGAUGCAAUACGUUUAUGCAUUUUGGCAUAAAAACGGUACGGGAUAUUUUCCUUUCGAUAAAGAAGUGUAUCAGAUAAGUGCCGAAAAUACUGCAACAAAAAUAUUCCAGAAAGUGCGAUUAAGCUGUACUCCGGAAACAAUGCGAAGAUGCUAAUGUUAUACUAUCUCUAAACAACAAAUAUUACUCAGCUCAUUUGAAUUUUAGAUUUGCAGUGAAUUCAAUCUUUAGCUGUUUGCCGCAGUGUGUUAUAUACGACCACAACAAAAAGAGAUGCGCUAUCUUCUACUGUUCCGAACUAGGGGGUAAAGGGCAAAGUUCACUUUAUUGAUGUUUUCUAAAGUUUGACAAAUCGCAACGAAAUAUGGAUAUUAAUUCCCUGUGUAAAUCUUUAUGUGAUUACGGACCGGUUUAGUGUCAUC